UAUACAUUGUAUAUGCAUACUGCGAUAACUUGCUUUCAAUGUCACGUUCUGUGACCCUUACUUCCUCUGCUGUCACCAAGAUGAAGUUUUUAUUAGGGAAGAAAUCGUCCUAAUGGUAAUUUGGACAAAUGAUGAUAACCUCUGCUGUUGAAUACUGUUGCCCAUUCCAACCAGAUGAAUCUCGAAGAUUUUCAUGUGUCCAGGGAAUAUGGAUUCAUGCUCAAAGAUCCCUUGGAAGUCCUCCCUCCCCCGUUCAACCAAUGGACUGAUCUGUGCGGAAGGCUAUCCCCACUUAUUGAAACUCAUCAGUUUAGAAAUGAAGUCAAAAAGCUCCCCCUUCUUGACCACCAUCAGUUGACGCAACAUCACCAGCUACGUCUUGCCCACUUGGUUCUCUGCAUGAUGUCAUCUGGUUACAUAUGGCAAGAGGGCGACCGAGGUGUCACAAAAAUGCUGCCAUCGACUCUUGCCGUCCCGCUCCAUGGCGUCUCACAGCGUCUCGGCAUCAAACCAGUCAUAUCACACCUCGACUGCGUCUUGGCUAACUGUAAGAGGAUUGAUCCACAGGGACCAUUCUCCCUCGAGAAUCUCCAGUGUCUGUUCCUACUCCCUGGGGGGCGUGCGUGCGAGUGGUUUUUCCUCGUCACAGCUCAAGUGGAGAUGGCCAGUGUGCCGGGGUUGAGGGCAGUGGUUGACGCAGUUCGUUGUGUUCUUGAAAGCGACAGCUCUGGUCUUAUAAAUGACCUUCACCUGAUCUCAGAGUCUGUGCAUGCCAUGAAGCUAGCUGUGAAAAGAAUGCAUGAGGAGCUUCCCGCAGGUGUAUUCUACAAUGUGAUGCGACCAUUUCUCUCAGGAUUUGGUGGUGAUGGCUCUCCACUCCCUAAAGGUGUCAUCUAUGAGGGCAUCAGUGAGGAGCCCAUAAAGCUGCCAGGGGGUAGCGCGGCCCAGAGCAGUCCAAUCCAGUGUUUCGAUGCAGCGUUAGGGAUACGCCAUGAGGAGGGGAAGCGGGCGUUUCUGUGUCAGAUGCGGGACCACAUGCCUCCAGCUCAUAAGGCUUUCAUCGAAGCUUUGGAGCAGGGACCAUCAAUCAAGAAUUUUGCUGAACAAAGUCAAGACAGUGAUCUCCAAAGAGCAUACAACCAGACCAUCCAAUCUCUCAACGAAUUCAGGGCCUAUCACAUAACAGUGGUUGCUAAGUACAUCACUGCCAUGGCACAGAAAAAUGAUCGAAAUAAAAACGUCGAAAGUCUUGCAAAGCGAGGAACAGGAGGCCAAACUCUGAUUCCAUUCUUGAAAAGCAUCCAAGGCACAACAAACGAUGCUGCGAUUAACAUUGAUAAGGAAGAAUUGAGAUAGAAAAAGCAGCAGAACAAAAUGUUUACAGGAGUUCGCAUUUUAUGCAAGCCGUCCGGUUGUGAACAAUUUCUCAGUGUUGUCGUCAAGGUCAGCAGGGUAAAGAACAUCGACUGAUGUCAAAAUGAAUGUCCAAAAGACGUCACUGUACCGCCUUUAUACUUGUAUUCAAGUGUAUGAUGAAGAAUAUUUUACUAGGGUGUAGUUAAACUAGGAUACUCAGCACUUUUACUGGACAUACAAUACUCAAGAUGAAUAUGUAAUGAUUUUUAGCUCAGCUGACUAAGUCAGCCGAGCUUGUCAAAUAAGUUGUUCAGUGGCGUCCGUCUGUCCAUCCAUCCAUCCAUCCAUCCAUCCAUCCAUCCAUCCGUCCGUUAAACCCAUGGUGCACAUUUUGUAACCGUAAGACCUAGAGACUUCAAUUUUGCAUUUCUGGAUACUUCUGGUCAAACUCUACUUUCAAAACAAAAUUUGUCGCCAUUCGACCUACUUCCUGCGAGCGAGAGUGCAUGAAGGAAACUGGCCUAUAUCGGCCUAGGAGCAGCAGAAUUAGUCGAAAUAUGCUCUAAUAUUAAGAUAAAAUUCUUGAAAAUCUAUUUUAUUGAGAAAAAGUUCAAAAGUUUAACAGGAGAGGGCGCUACCUGCCUUUUAAUUAUUUCUGCCGAUUCAAAUUCCCGCCCGAUGACGUCAGCCAUCAAUGAAGUCUCCUAUUUGCCAGUUCUCAAAACAUGGCAGCUACACAACAAAAGCAGUAGCUCCAGGAAUAAAUCACUGUUCACUUCAGCUUCGUAAUCGAUUGUACCCCCACUUUAUUGUGUUUUGUGUGGUGUUCCUAUUCAAUCAACGAUGUAAGGCCUUAUUAUGUUGGUUUUAAUUGAGAAGGUGCAUUAUAAGCGGCGUACGAAAUACCGAAGCGGAGACAAAAUGGUGGCAUGUUGUUUACGCUAUGUGCAAUAAUCUUGGAGCUCAAUGACACUCAAGUACCCAAUUUUCUGCUUAAAAAGUAGUCUGGUAGGCGAUAUUAUCACUAGUUCGUUUCAGUGGUAGUCAUAAGGUCUUUAGGGACUAAAUUCAGAAAUUAGUUCUUGAAUAUUUGGCGACAUUUCUGUGAAAACGAUAUCGGAAGUGCAUGCUCUGUUCGCGAUGACAUCGCCGAUGUAUUUUGAAGUGGAGAAUUCCCACAGUAUGUGCAGUGAAUCGGCAUGAUUCUGUUCGCCUAUUAUGUUUUAGUUCUACGAUUCUUUCAUGAGUAAAAAGUAGACAUUCUAAGCAAUACAAUAAUGUCACUCCCAUAAAAAUUGAUUGGAAAUUGAGGGAGCUACGGCAUUCUCUUCGGCAACUGGCAGCGCUGAAAAAAUACAUUGCAUACUGUACAAUACCAAAUGGCACAUUUUAAAAAGCGCUCAUUGGACAACGUAGGGAAUCACCAGAAAUGACGUCAUCGCUGGUCUAAAUAGAAAACUACGGUGGCGCAGUAGAGCACAAGAAAAGGUUUAGCAUUAACUUCGUCAUGCAAGCUUCAGCAACAAAACGAUUUCUCAUGAAUGAUUUAUUUGAUCAUCAUCAGCUUGUUUCCCCUGAUUGAUAAAAAAAUUAUUUACAAUUUCCAUCAAAGUUUUCUAUUUUGUGUAUAGUCAACUGGCAAGGAGCCAAGCAGUUUUGAAUAUUCGCGGGAAAAUACUUCGUACUUGUAAACGAGGCUAUGACAAUGAGUAUCCUCAUUCAUGGCAUAAACUUCAUGUUUCGGUAAAUAUUUUCAUACGAUGAUUUCACCCGAAUUAUGGUCAGGAUUGAGGAAUGAAUAGUGGCAUAAUUAUGUCAACCAAAAACAUUGGUACCGUAGUGAUCUCAAAAGGAUAUCAAAUACCAUGGAGCAUGCCAUUUUCAUGCAUAAUGAACUAAACACCGGGAAGAUAUUAAUGAUAUUAACUCAGCUGAGCGCCAGGCCCUUGGGCCUCUUGUUUCCAUUUGUUUUGUGUAGUCAUCCUCGGCCUCCACAUCAGAGUUCAUUGGGUUAAAAGACUUGUUUAAAGUCAUCAAAAUCGAAAUUUAGUCGUCACGAAGGAAAUAACUAGACCCGAUUUAACACAUUUCCUGAAGAUUUCAAGACAUUUCGGUGUAAGAUAAGGGAGUUGCUGCCCAAGAUCACAAGCGUCCAGUAACUUGGGAAGCCCUAUCAUUUUCUCAAAGUCAAAACCAAGAUGGCCACCAGCUGGGCUGGUGGGCACUUGAAUAUUUUAGACGACAACGAUGUCCUCUUAACAGAUGAAUGUCAUGAAAUAUUCUGGAAAUGGACAAAUUUGCCUGCCACUUUCAUUUAUGACCAUUAGAUACUAUUUUGAUGGCUUUAAACCUGGUGGACACAGGCAAACCCUUGUGGACGUUGGUUAGGAUGACCCCUUUUGUUAAUUCUUUAGGAUCUCUGUCGUUUAUAAACUACAUGUAACACUUAGUCUAUUAAUUUUUGUGAUAUUAACAUACUGUGUCAACAUGUUUAAGCUGCUUGAGGUACGUCUCUUACACAUAGGCCUAUUUCAGGUAAAAUAGGACUGUUGAAAAGGCACCUCAGCACAGUAUGUGUACAUGUAUGCGCUUUAUUUACUUACUAGUUUUGUGCACCCAUCUUCGUAAAUCAAAGACUUUUGGUGAAAUAUAUCCA